UGGUUGGAGCAGGGGGCUGGGAGCCAGGACUCCUGGGUUCCAUUCGUAGCUUUGCUGCCAACUCACUAUGUGAUGGUGGUGAGUCAUUUACCAGCUGUGUCUGGUGAGUAACAGGUUUUCUGAGAUAUGAAGCAUUUAUUAGCAGUUUGUUUCCUCCCCCCCGGGGCCAGCAGGGAGCUGCUGCCGGUGACGGCCCCAGGCCUGGGCAGGCACAGGGCUGUAGUACAAGAUAUUGGUCAGUUCCCGUGAGCCAGGUUGGGGUGGGAGCCAUGUGAUCUCUCAAAGGAUGAGUGGGGCUGUGUGUGUGAGUCACAUCAAGGGGGAAUCCCCAUCCGGGAGCAGCAGCCGAGUAGGGGCGGGGAACGGGACUGGGGGCUCAUGAAAUCAGGGCAACGUCUUAGGCAUGUGAGGGCGAAGCUGAAUCAAUGGAAGUGGCUCAGACAGCGAAGUGCGAGCCGGACCGGCUUUAGCAGCCUGAAAACGCACCGUGCCUUCAGCCCCGCACGCCUGUGUGUGGAAACGCGCACUCUGUAUGGAUACAGCCGUGCAGUGGUGCUGACGCAGCGGGUGAAGGUCCGGAAUGAGGUCACGGGCUAUGUGGGCGAUGAGGCCAUGUUGCAAUGCCUCUUCCCCGCCACCAGCCCCGACAUCAAGGUCAGCCAGGUUACCUGGAUGAAGGAGAUGGGGGGCAAGAAGCAGAAUGUGGCUGUCUAUCUCCCGGACCACAAGCCCAACUUCCCCUUGGACAACAGCGGCAGGAUCCGGUUUCUGAACGUCUCCCUGCAGGAUGCCACGCUGAUCAUCCAGCCCUUGCGCAUGAGUGACGAGGGCACCUACGUCUGUGAAUUCGCCACCUACCCUCAUGGCAACGAGGAUGGGGUCACCACGCUCAGCAUCCUGGCCAGGCCCACCAACACGGCGGAGUCGCGGAAGGUGGUGGCAGGUAACACCACGAUCCCAGUGGCCGUCUGCACCUCAGCCAACGGCAAACCCCCUGCCCAGAUCAAGUGGCUCUCCUCCCUCCCCGGCAACUUCAAUGCCUCCGAGAUGACCAAUGGAGACGGCACCGUCACCGUCACCAGCCAGUUCAACAUGGUGCCCACGGCGGCAGCAGACCAGCAGCAAAUCACCUGCGUCAUCAGCCAGAGGACACUGGCUGCGCCGGAGAACAUCCCGGUCGUGCUGUCCGUGCUGUACCCUCCCCAAGUCACUAUCGAUGGCUAUGAUGACAACUGGUACGUGAGCCGGAGUGAGGCCGUGCUGAGAUGCACGGCCAAAGGGAACCCCAAACCCACCCAUUACUCCUGGAGCACCCCCAGUGGGCCGCUGCCCCCCACGGUGCAGGUACAGGGUGACCGGCUGGUGGUGCAGUCGGUGGACGUGGCGGUGAACACGACCUUCAUCUGCCAGGUCACUAAUAGCGUGGGGACGACACGGGUUGAGCAGACCGUCCUGGUGCGAGAGCACCCCAUGAAGCUGCAGAGCAGCGCCGGAGCCGUGGCUGGGGGCCUCGUCGGGGGCAUCCUGGCCCUCGCCCUGCUGGGGGCUCUGGUAUUCUUCCUGCUCCGCCGGCGCCGCGCCCGGCCCCCUCUCAAGGGCGUCUAUGACCCCACCACCCGCGUCUUCGGCAAUGGUGCUGCCCCGCCCCCCAACUUAAUCUACCGCCCCGACUCGGAGCUGGACCGGCCCCUCAAGGCCACGCCGGGCGAGGGGGCCCCUGGGGAGCGGCCCGGCCCCUACAGCUACCCCGGCCAGCGGCACGAGGAGGAGGAGGAGGAGCGGCUUGACGAGGUGGGGCCCAUGUUGCGGCUCAGCGCCCACCCUGGGCACGGCGCUCCGAGCGGCUACGAGGAGGAUGACAUGGAGUCGCAGCACGACGGGUCCAUCAUCUCCAAGACGGCUGUCUAUGUGUGACCGCCCUGCCCUGUGGGGAGCCGAGACAAUGGGGGGUGAACCCCUCGUGGGCGAGGACGAGAGUGUCUGGGGAGCAGAGAUGGAUUAACUCAGGGGGCUGCGGAAACUCCCAGGGGGCGACAAGCUGCUGGGGGGCCAUGGACGCUGGACUUCUGACGCAUGAUCCCGCCAGCCCCAGGCAGUAGGCGGGUCUCGGCUGCCUGGCCAGGUGGGAGGAGAUGCGCCCUUGUGUCUGGGGAGAGGCUCCGUUGACACCCAUGUGCUGGGAUGGGGACGCUCUGCUCGGGAUGAACACAUGGGGCUGGGGACCCUGGAGUGCCGGGAAGGGGGGCAGAAUGGGGAGAUGACAACCCCCUGCCCCCCCAACAGGAAGGUUUGUGCUGAUGCCUUGGUUUUUGUACAAUAGAGUAGUUCCUGAGCCAGGCAUUGGGAGGGGGACUGGGGCUGUGCCGGGGUGCCCCAGCCUGGCUGGAAAUGCGGGAAUGCAGACCCUCCCCCUUUAAAAGAUGACCCACGCAGCUCCCUGGAUUCAAGAUGUGAUUUGCCUGAUUCUGCCCCACCUGGAAUGAGAGCGGCAGAGUCUGUGACUCUCUCUCUGUUUGGGGGGGCUUCCCCGAGGCGCACCCUAUGUCUGUGACCUGCCCAGCUUUGGGGGUGGAUGGCCCUGGGGCGCCCAGUGUGCACAUGCCCUAGGGAGUGCCAUUUCUCCCUUGUCUCCCAGUGUCCAUGUGACACACUGUUUACACCCCCCCCCCCGCACUGUUCCCCCCACUGUGUCUUACGGUGCCAGCUCCUCCGCCCCCUUGUGUAAAUACUCCGAGCCCCCGAGAGCGGUUAUUUUCAGAGUGUACUGGUUGCUAUGGCACCGUCACCGUCUGUCUCCAUUUUGUGUGUAAUAAAGUCUCUUUGGAACCCAG